UUUAGCAACUUUUAGCAACAAAUCGACCUGCCUUUAACAACUUCCGCUGAAACUUAGUUGGCAACACUGAUCUGCUGUUUAUUGAAGUCAACAGUCAGUGGAUGUGUGUGCGGUUCAGAAACAUUUACAGAGAAACAGAUUAAUCAUAAACUCUCCAUCAAUAUGAAGAAUCAUUAUUUAUCGUUCUUACUCUUAUUACUCGUGGAGGGUGUGUUCAGUGACGUGAUGAUGUCAGUGAUGGAGGGAGAUUCUGUCACUCUACAGAUUGAUGUUACUGAGAUUCAGGGAGCUGAGACACUGAUGUGGACGUUUAAUGGUCAAAGUGAUUUCAUAGCAAAGAUUGACAGAGAAUAUAAUAAGAUUAUCACAGUACCCCCGAAAAAUGUUGAAAGAUUCAAGAACAGACUGCAGGUGGAUCAGAUCGGAUCUCUCAACAUCACAAACAUCAGAACCGAAGACUCUGGACUUUAUACACUAGGGAUCAAUAGCAGUGUUGGGAUUCCAUACAAGAACUUCAGAGUUACUGUCAAUCGUGUGUCUGAUGUUGAGACAAAGCCUGUAAUAAAGGGAGAAUCUGUCACUCUACAGACUGAUCUUACUGGAUUACAGACGGAUGAUGUGCUGCAGUGGAGUUAUUUUACACCAGAAGAAACUCAUAUAGCAGGACUCACUAUAGAGACUGAAAACAAGAACAUUACAUUACCUAAUGUUUCUAAGAUAUUCAAUGACAGACUGAAUGUGGACAGUAAAACUGGAAAUCUCAUCAUCAGUGACGUCACAACUGAACAUUCUGGACUUUAUAAAUUAGAGAUCAACACAUCACAGACCAAACCAAAGAUCUUCAGAGUUACUGUUAUUGCAGUUCCGUCUUCAUCUGUUCCAGCUGCAGGUCCGUCUCCAGCUGCUGUAGCAGGAAUAUGUGCUGCUGCUUAUGUUGCUGUUCAGAUGCUCAAUUCACUAUCACCACAGCAUCUAUAAAACAAAAAGCAACUGAUAAAGGUGCAGGUGAGGAGAAGAUGCACAUGGCCGCCUGAAUUCAGGACACUAAACAGCCACAGUAUUUAAUCAAUGUAACGAUAUAAACAUGAGCUUUGUUUGAAACUAACACUUCAGCUGAGAAAUUAACAAGACUGAAGAGCUUCAAUUGAUUUGGAAUAAAUUAGAAAAGUUUGUGCUUUCAUUCAUUAUAAAGCUGCUAAAUGAUAAUUACAAAUAUAAUUAAUGCUAAAUAAAUAUAUAAUCAGAAUCAGCUUUAUUGCCAAGUAUGCUUACACAUACAAGGAAUUUGUAUAAGGGAUAGAUUUCAUAAAUAUCGGCCAGUGUUUAUUCCAGUGUAUUGUGAAAUGCUCGAAUCUCAACCAUUCCAGUUUUAUACAUUCAGUCAUUCUUUUACAUUGUCAUUAUUUUGUACUUUGUGUCUCAUUUUUCUCCUAUAUCAUUUUAUUGUGUUUUUUACAUACAGUAUAUCACGCUUCAUAUAUAUUACAGCUUAAUACUUGCCUACCAAAAAAAUAUAACUUCCAUUCUUUAAAGAUAAGUUUCCAAAUGAUCAUUCCAUUGAAUACUUUUAGUCAUUGUUGCUUUUUCAUUUGUUUUGAAUCAUUUUUAUUUAGGUUUUAACAUAUAUCAUGUUUCAUAUAUUUUAAGCUUCGUGCUUGCCACUUGAAAAAAAGCUAACUUUACGUUUUUGCAGAUGACCAUCACUCCAUUUCUUUUAAUCAUUAUUAUAUUUUUAUUUGUGGUUAUUUUCAACAUUGUGUCUCAUUUUAAUAUUGUGAGAUUUGAUUCUCUUUUUUAUUUUUCUAUAUUUGAUAGCAUAUAUUAUACUUAAUUUUUAGCCAC